GUCCAGACGCAGAGAAAUAGGCUGCAGAGUGCAGCAGCAGCAGCAGCAGCAGCGCGGUCGGUGCGCAGACGCAUCAGGUGCGCGCCAAGAGAAAGGGACUCCAAGACGCACAGCGGCGUGACUGAUGAACGCUGUUUAGUAACUAGAUAGCUUUGGGAGACUUGUUAACUCGUGGUGUGAGGUAGCCUGUAAGAAUAAAGCGGACGAUUUGCCGAAAACCUUGAGAUAAAGACACAGGAGAGCAAAAACAAUAUGUACAGGAGCGCUAAAGGAGGCGCACCAGACCAUAAACCCCAACUCUGAAAACUCCGUGUCAUGAAACAGCAGUGGCACACAGACCUCCUGUAGGUCGGUCUGGCAACAUUUCGAGUUCAUCUAAAAGGGAAAAAAAAGAAAAUCAUGAACUUAUCCGAGUCUGUUUGGCUCUUGGAAGAGCCGUGUAACCUGAGCAGAGUGGAGGAAGAGGACCAGAAACUUUUAUUCGGGAUCGGCAUGGAUAAUUUCAUCACGCUGCUGGUUUUCGGGCUCAUCUUUACGCUCGGUGUGCUGGGCAACUCCAUGGUGAUCACCGUGCUGGCCCGGAGCAAACCGGGGAAACCGCGCAGCACCACCAACAUAUUCAUCCUCAACCUGAGCAUAGCGGACCUCUCCUACCUGCUCUUCUGUGUCCCCUUCCAGUCCACCGUCUACAUGAUGCCGACGUGGGUCCUGGGCGCAUUCAUCUGCAAAUUCAUCCACUAUUUCUUCACUGUGUCCAUGCUGGUGAGCAUCUUCACCCUGUCUGCCAUGUCCGUGGACCGGUACAUCGCCAUCGUGCACUCGAGAAAGUCCUCCUCUAUCCGGGUGGCGAGGCAUGCUUUGAUCGGAGUGGUGGUGAUUUGGAUACUUUCUCUGGCCAUGGCUGCGCCUAUCAUGUAUUACCAGAACAUCUUUCACAGAGGGGAGAAUCACACCUUUUGCUGGGAAGUGUGGCCAGAUCAAACCCAGAAGAAAGUCUAUGUGGUUUGCACCUUUGUGUUUGGUUAUGUGUUGCCUCUGCUGCUGAUUUCCUUCUGUUAUGCAAAGGUUUUAAAUCACUUGCACAAAAAACUAAGAAAUAUGUCCAAAAAGUCAGAGGCAUCAAAGAAAAAGACGGCUCAGACGGUGCUGGUGGUGGUGGUGGUGUUCUGCCUCUCUUGGCUCCCUCAUCACGUUGUUCACCUUUGGGUGGAGUUUGGAACCUUCCCGCUGAACCAGGCGUCCUUUGUGUUACGGGUGGCUGCCCACGGUCUGGCGUACAGCAACUCGUCUGUCAACCCCGUCAUCUACGCCUUCCUGUCGGAGAACUUCAGGAAAGCUUACAAGCAGGUGUUCAAGUGUCAGAUCGGUACCAGUGACUCCCCGCUCAACGACAUUAAGGAGAUCCGCAGCAAAGCGGACACGCCGCCCUCGACUAACUGCACCAACGUUUGACUGACGAGGUGUGGAUGGUGACAUUUAAAUAAAUUAAGGGCACCUGUCACAUUGAAAGUCAGUGUAAAGUCACAGUGGCAGAGCCAUCAGACAAAAGUGGGUGUGUGGAAGUUUUUUUUUUCUUUUUAAUGUAGCUAAGUGUAGUUGCUUGGAUAUACAGCUAUACUGUUCCACAUAAGCGCUGUUCAUUAUACCUGGAGGAGAUAAAGCCCCUGUGGCUUCAGGACAUGAUUACUCACUCUUUGAUCAGUGUCCAUUUCCUGCAUCUCUUCAUUUUACGAAAAAGCGAUGGAGUCUGAAACUCAGGAAAAUGAUGCCCCCUCUGAAGAUAACCUGGUUUUGAUUACAGAGAAUAUUUACAUAUACUUCAAGCCAAUACAUUAAAAAGGCACCUGCAGACUUCAAAAGUAUUAGAAAUCUAAUUUUCUUUCAUGGAGAGUAAGAAGUGCUUUAUACAGACUCAAAACAUAUUCACCUGCUGCUGUUUGAAUGUCAGUGUUGGGAAUUACUACACUAUUGUGGUUGCUUUUCAGGAAGCAGUAAGUGAGUACACCUUCAGAUUCAGUAGUUACACUAUACGUACUGAUCCCAGUAAUGCCCUGCUGGCUGAUUGCUGUCUUGCUGGGAAUUGGAUGGUGGGCUCAUAAUUACACUUAAUCCAAGCUGGCUUGCUAAUGUUUGCCACUCCAGAGUUGGAGGAUGUGUGAACAGGACUGUAGUGGCUAGUUUCACAGAGACUGACUUUGACUAUGGCUUAUAUGUAAUUUGAACACCUUAGGUAAAACCAUUCUUCCACGCAUUCUGGGCACAUUUCAGUUUUCAAACUGAGAAAACAUGUAAAGCCGCUUUAGGCCGUUUACUUUGCUCUGGAAAUAUUCAACGGUUAAAAGGGGUUAAUUUCACUGGAUAAAUUUAGCGAACAUCAUAAAGACACAAAAGAAAUUUCAGCAGCAUAAAAAGUCGACGCAGUGCAGACCUGUAGUGCACCACAAAUGACGAUCCACGUUGUCUCAUAGUUUCUGGGUUAGCUUGGGUGAAAGGUGGCAAACUUUUCACUCUCUAUUUUUUUUUUAAAUUGUCCAAUUUCCAUCAGACUGGCUUAACAGAACAGACAAUAUUCUGUAUUUGUGAAACUGGCCCCCUGUAGUGCAGCCUGCUGUCACUGCUAGGUAAUAGAAGUGAUGUAAUCAGAAGUUGAUGAGGACAUUUUCCAAGCAAAUUACCCACUGUAGGUCACCACUGUAGAUAAAAAAAAAAAAAUACCAUCAUCAUUGCACUCAGUAUAAUUAAAGUCUGUAUUUUAAACAGAUUUGGUUGUAAAUAUUAUGGACACUGAAGCUGACGCCUCACCGCAUGUGGCUGUUAUGCUAUUUUAACAGUUUUGGCAUUGUUUCGUGCCGUAUGACUGAGCCUAUACGACCAUACGUUGUAUGCCAUAUGUGACGUGCCAAGCCUCCACACAGCAGCUUUACCUCAGUAUAUUCAAACAAAAUCAUUCAAACUAUAAAUAUGAGACCUUUUAACCUGGGCCUGCAGCAUCGAACAGCAUUUUAUGUACAUCUUUAAAGUUAUGGACUUGAAGGAUUGUGUCGCAUCCUAUUAUUCACUUUUUAUCUGAAAAAAAGAUCACAAAUUAAAGUUGAGCAUGGAUUUUUUUCAGUCUGAGGUCACGCAACCAUGUGUCGUGUGGAGGAGAGCGAGUCUGCUGCAGAUAUGGCUGAUUAACACCAACUUCACCCACAGAGGAGGAACUAAUCAAUGUAAUCAGCGAGACUCUCAUCCUCCUUGUUAGCAAGAAUCUCAGAUGUGCGAGUCGAGGAUUAUUCCCUCAAGGCGGAGGAGGUGCAGCUUAAGAGUCUGGUCACAUAUAGCGCUGACUGUACAGAUGCUGACGCUCCUUGAUGCCGCACACAGGACUGAGGAGAUGUGCAUGGAAACCAGGAGGAACGAAGGACAUGGCUAUUUGUUGGUGAGAUUGUGUUGGUGAUGAAACACAACAGUGUUGUUUCCUUUAAAAUACAGAUAGAAAGAGCCCAUGAACAAAAGAAAACGUUUUCAGCGUUGUUUUAGUAACACUUUAGUGAGUAAUUAUUGAGUUGAUGUAGGAUAUCAAUAAAAUACUCAAUGCAUUCUGGUACGGAGACAAGUAAUGGAGAGGAAAACGAGUGGUCAGAGAAUAAAUUGUGUUUGAGAAGGAAUUAGAGAUAAAUCACUAAUAAAAUCAGAAUGAGCCAUUUCAUCCAGUGUACCCUGCAAAUAAACGGACCAUCUAAUUAUAAAAGCACUUAUAGUGUAAUUUAUUUCUAAAUCGCCCCCUGAAUGUAAAUUUGCUACCCUCUUAUUCCCUUUACUUUUUCCGUUGUACCUACCAAGAUGAAUGAAAUAUUUCCACUUUAAUUUGCAGGCUGGUUCUAAAGAGACACUUUUCUAUACUUCUCUCUUUUUUUCUUCAGUUUUUCAAACUAUAACAGCCGCAAGAUUUCUCUUUUACCACGACAUUCUGUGAAAGCAAACACAAACACACACUGCACAUACUGCUAAGUGAGGACAUGCAAUAAAGGUGCUGUUUCUUGCAG